AUGGCACCAAGCAGGUCUUUGGAAGGAUCUGAAAACCACACCUCUGUGAUCAACUUUAUUCUCCUGGGACUCACAGACGACAAAGAGCUGCAAUUUAUCCUUUUCCCAUUAUUCGUGGGCAUCUACCUUGUGACCCUAAUCUGGAACCUGGGUCUUAUCAUUCUGAUAAGAAUUGACUCCCACUUACAUACACCGAUGUACUUUUUUCUCAGUUUCCUGUCACUUAUAGAUAUCUGCUAUACUACUUCCAUCAGUCCCAGGAUGCUUUCAGAUUUCUUCAAAGAUGAAAAAGUGAUUCCCUUCAUUUCCUGUGCCACUCAGUUUUUUGUUUUGUGCUGGAUGGGACUCUCUGAGUGCUGCCUUUUAGCCACCAUGGCCUAUGAUAGAUACGUCGCAAUUGGUAACCCUCUGCAGUACUCCGUUGUCAUGGCACCUGGGCUCUGUCAGAAGUUGGUUGCUGCGGCCCUUGGAACUGGCUUUUUUAGUAGUUUGGUUCAAACAGCUCCUUCUUUUGGUCUCUACUACUGUGGGCCAAAUGUCAUCCAGCAUUUCUUCUGUGACAUAGCCCAGAUUGUUACCUUGUCUUGCUCAAGUCCCUUUAUCACUCAAAUCAUUAUUUUUCUGGUAGCUACAUUGGUUGGGUUUGGUUCUUUGCUUCUUACCCUGUUAUCCUAUGGUUUCAUAGCAGCUGCCAUCCUGAAAUUAUCCUCAGUUAAAGGUAGUCUCAAGGCCUUCAAUACCUGUGCCUCCCACCUGGCAGUUGUCACCCUCUUCUAUGGUACUUCUCUCUCGGUGUACAUGCGCCCUAGUUCUAACCAUCCCAAGAAACAGGACAAAGUGUUGUCAGUAUUCUAUGUUAUUGUUAUCCCCAUGUUAAACCCGCUUAUAUAUAGUCUCAGGAACAAGGAAAUCAAAGAGGCCCUCAGGAGGGUGAUGAAAAGGGCAAGACAUUUGCCUCAGUAG